CUAUAUUGUGUGGUGGGAACCUCUGCCACCUAAUAUAACAUCCGCAACUGGAAAUUGGUACCUUCUAGUCCGAUUUACGAUAAUUCGCUGUUCGGUUGGUGCGUCGCUUUACAAAAAAAUCAAUUAAUAAAAGGGCAAAAAUGCGAAAAAGGGCUGCAAAUGUGGACAACUCAUUAGAUUCAAUUCUGAUCCAUUUGGGGGAUUUUGGCAAAUAUCAAACUUAUGUGUUCAGUUUGGUUUGUGUAGCCGUAGUUAUGCAUUCGAUGGUCCAUAUAGCUUAUGUGUUUACUGCCAUGAACUUAGAUUACAGAUGCAAAAUUCCCCAGUGCGACCAGGAAGGCCAAGCAGAAUAUUUGCAGCCUUGGCUUAAUCAUGCCAUUCCAUUCAUCAAUAAUCAUCCGGACAAAUGCUCAAGAUAUGCUUCUUCGGAUCAAUUCAAUAAUUGUUCUUCAGCUGGAUUCGAUAUUCAAGUGCUCGAAAGAUGUGGAAGUUUUGUUUAUAAUGGAACAGAAGAAACCAUUUUACAAGAAUACGGCCUUCAAUGUGACAAUAAUUUAUGGAAAUUGACUAUGGUAGGCACCGUAAACAACAUCGGUCAAUUCUUUGGCCUGAUUAUUUCUGGAAUUAUAUCAGACAAGUACGGAAGAAAAUUCCUGCUGGUUUGGGGCAUGAUUUUGUGUGCAGUUUGUGGUUGCGCCAAAGCCUUUAUGCCCACAUAUGAGUGGUUCUUGACUUUCGAAUUUCUGGACGCCGCAUUUGGUUCCGGCAGUUACAUUUGCGGCUUUGUCCUGGGAGCUGAACUAGUUGGGCCAUCCAAGAGGGUUCUUACAGGGACUCUAAUAAGCUCUUGCUACGCAGUGGGUGAAAUCCUAGUGGCGCUAAUCGCUUGGUUGGUGAAGUCCUGGAAGUACAUUGUUUUAACUUCCUACAUUCCGAUAUUUCUGCUCGUUUCCUACUUGUGGCUGAUUCCGGAGUCGGUGAGGUGGAACCUCAGCAAUGGCCGGAUUGAGGAGGCCAAAAAAACAUUGAGAAAAGCAGCAAAAGUGAACGGAAAGAAAAUCUCGGAGAAGGAGCUGGAAUUUCUGGAUGCAGUCGUUCUGAGUAUUUUUGCAGAUCAAGCUGAGUCCUCGGAGAGCUUAGGAAAAUCAGGCAAUUUGGUGUUAGAAGCAGUCAAAUCUGGCACUUUAAUGCUGAGGCUGGUGGCCUGUUGCGUUUGCUGGAUCACUUGCACUUUCCUCUUCUAUGGCUUGACUCUAAACUCCGUUUCUCUUGUUGCCGGCAACAAUUAUCUGGAUUUUAUUUUGACUGCGCUGGUUGAGAUUCCAGCCUAUUUCGCUUGCAACUUUAUAGUGAACAAAUAUGGACGCAAGAAAACGCUGGUCUAUAGUUACUUGCUGACUGGAGCUGCUUGCUUGGCGUUCGUUUUUAUUCCACCAGCUUCCAGAUGGGGGAGCUUAUCAGUGUACCUUAUUGGUAAAUUCGGGGCCACAGCGUCAUUCACAAUCCUGUACAUAAUCACCAGUGAAAUGUUUCCUACCAACUUGAGGCACUCUUUUAUGGGAACAUGUUCCACGUUUGGACGCUGCGGUUCCAUGAUUUCACCGCAAACUCCUCUGCUGGCCCAGUUUUGGGAGCCUUUGCCCUUGGUCAGUUUCGCCGCAAUGUCCAUCUUAGCUGGACUGUUGACUUUAUUAUUUCCCGAAACGUUGCACCAGAAAUUGCCGGAUACGGUCUACGAGGCGGAAAUGAUUGGAAGGCCAAUUCUCCCUGCUGGAGAGCCGGAAAAGCAGCAGCAUACUGUGGAGAGGUUUUAGUAUUUUUCAUUACAUAAGACACCACUGUGAUAUUACCAAUAAUGAAAUAAAUGUUUUAUUUAGUUGUU